GGGACUUUCCUGUGAAAGUUUUGGUUCCUCUAAACCUAUGCGGAAAAAUUGUCGUGUGUGCUGUGGUCUGUCAGAUUGCAGUUUACAUCGAACACGGCUUGAAGCCGAGGAAGAAUGACUGACAUAAAAUUAUAUGUUUUCGUGUUGGGCUGCGUGUUCAAUACAUACGUCAAUGGAGACCCGGUGAGAGCUGCCACUGUGUACUGGGAUGCCAGCCACAAGACAGUCAACCUGAAAAAAGGGGUCCUAGAGAAACAGGGCGAUGCAUAUGGUUACUACAAUGACUCCCUUGCCCAGACUGGCUGGGGCGUUCUCGAAAUCCGAGCUGGAUACGGUGAAACACCCGAACCGGAUGAAGUCACAUAUUUCUUAGCCGGUUACUUGGAGGGCUACCUCACUGCCCCGGAGAUGUACAAUCACUACAACAAUAUGUACCCACAAGUCAUUCAGGAUCCCAAAGUGCUCCUCGUGGUUAAAGACUUCAUGAAGAAGCAGGAUGCCUGGGCCAGACAGCAGGUCAAACUGAAUAAGAGCAGUGAUCCUCUGUGGGCUCACAUGGGUUUCAUUCUCGCUCAGACCGACGGACUGCAGGCCGGCGUGGCCGACUGGGCCAAAAGCGAGGGGAAAGAGCCCCUCUCCCUGUUUGCGGUUCAGUUUCUGAAUGCAGUGGGAGACCUGCUGGACCUCAUCCCAGCCCUGGUCCCGGGUUCGAAUCCCCCGCUCGGCGAAUUCAAAGAGCCACCCAUGGGCCACUGCUCAGCACUCAUUAAGAUGCUGCCAGGCUAUGAGAACCUGCUGUUUGCCCACUCCAGCUGGUACACCUACGCCGCCAUGCUCAGGAUCUACAAACACUGGGACUUUAAACUGAGUGAACCACACACUGCCACAGGAAAGCUGUCCUUUAGCAGUUACCCAGGUUUCCUAGUGUCUCUGGAUGACUUCUAUCUGUUAGGAAGUGGUUUAAUGAUGACCCAAACCACCAAUAACGUGUUCAACGCGUCUCUGUUCUCACAGAUCAGCCCGUCCACUCUGCUGGCGUGGCAGAGAGUCAGGCUGGCACACGGCCUGGCACACACCGGCCAGCAGUGGGCCGAGACCUUCGCCCGCUACAACUCUGGGACCUACAAUAACCAGUAUAUGGUACUGGACAGGAGUAAAGUUACUCUAGGGAGGAAGAUUGAUGAUGGUGCUCUAACAAUAGUGGAGCAGAUCCCAGGACUGGUGGAGUAUUCAGACCAGACUCAAACACUGCGCAGGGGCUACUGGCCGUCCUAUAACGUGCCGUUCCACCGUAAGAUAUACUCUCUGAGCGGUUAUGAUCAGAUGUGGCAGAAAUAUGGAAACGAUUUCUCCUACGACCUGUGUCCCCGCGCGAAGAUCUUCCGGCGUGACCAGGCUAGCGUCACGGACCUGACCUCUCUCAAACACAUCAUGAGGUUUAAUGACUAUAAGAAAGACCCGUAUUCGAAGGGCGAUCCGUGUAAGUCCAUCUGCUGUAGGAAUGACCUCAGAACCCAGCAGGCCAGACCUGGAGGAUGUUAUGACACCAAGGUGACUGAUUUUAAAUUGGCCCAGAGCUUUGUGGCUGAGGCAGUGAAUGGUCCGACCACAGAGGGGGGGCUCCCUCCCUUCUCCUGGGACGCCUUCAAUAGCACGGCUCACUACGGCCUCCCACGGGUCUACAACUUCACCUUCGUCACCAUGAAACCCCACCUCUUCACGCCCUGAGGGCCACGCCCUGAGGGCCACGCCCUCGCGGCGGGCCGGGGGAGAACUUGAACACACACGGGUAGAAAUUAUGUGCUCAGAGAUACACAGUUUACUGAAAACGUUUGUUUUUCUCAUAUACCACUAUAACUCUAGAGGAGUGAAGCCAUAACGCGUGAAAAACAUGUAACUGUGUUUUUUCACGGCGCGUCCAAAGUCUCAGUUUCUGGACUGUCUCUGCUGUUUUAACACUGUGAUUAUUAGAGUGUGUGUUACUAUCAGUGACUGUGGUACAUAAAUGGAUGUCCAGUCUGGCUUGAGUAUUUGAGUCUCUUCGCUGUUUGAUUGCUUUUCAAAAUGACACAUUUUUGUAGUAGCAGUAAUGAAAUGACGUUCUUGCCUUUAAAGCAUCUCUCUCAGGGCUGCAGUGCUCGAGGGCUGUGCCAGCCAGCUGGAUUCUCUCAGCUCGAAUAAACCAUGUCCAAGGUCAGAGGUCAUGACUGUCCAAUAGCAAAGUUCUUCUCUCCUCUCCUCUUCUAUUAGACAGGCUUGACCUUUGGCCUGAUGUUGUCUGAUUAACUGAGUAAUUCUGCUUAUCUUUAGCCCACAGACACACAGACCUUUCAUUUCACCAAGUGGAACAGUAAUUACCUAAGUUCAAAUGUUAUUGUACGCAAAACAAUCAAACAUGAAUGUUAUUGUACGCAAAACAAUCAAACAUGAAAUGUUAUUGUACGCAAAACAAUCAAACAUGAAAUGUUAUUGUACGCAAAACAAUCAAACAUGAAAUGUUGCACUUUUUCUGUGUGUUUUUUUUUUUAAUUUUUGUCUUGAAAUGCUGCUUCUGUUUCUGUAAGAGCUGUAAAAACAAAAA